AUGGCCUCGGCCCGCAACCCCGCUGGAGCGCUCCUGCUGCUCACCUGCGCCAGCCUGAUCGCCGCCAUGGGCCUCGGUAUGCCGGAGCCCGCCGCGCCCGUGGGGAAUCAGGCACAUCCACGGCCUCCCGGCAGCCCACCGGAGCCCACCAUGGCGCAAGCACACAGUGUGGAUCCCCGAGAUGCCUGGAUGCUCUUUGUUAGGCAGAGCGACAAGGGCAUCAACAGUAGGAGGAGGAGCAGGACCAAGGCCAGGAGGCUGAAGCUUGGCCUGCCAGGACCCCCAGGGCCACCAGGUCCUCAGGGCCCCCCAGGUCCCUUUAUCCCAUCUGAAGUUCUGCUGAAGGAGUUCCAGCUAUUGCUGAAAGGAGCAGUGCUGCAGCGGGAGAGCACGGAGCCCAAGCACUGCACCAGCGAUUUCACUACACCAGCCUCCGCCAGCCCCUCCCGAGUUGCGACCACCCAGGAUGGUGACAACCAGGACCCAGGGCCCGUGUUGGCGCUGCUGGCUGCGACCCUGGCCCAGGGCCCACGGGCGCCACGAGUGGAGGCCGCGUUCCACUGUCGCCUGCGCCGGGAUACACAGGUGGAGCGGCGUGCUCUUCAUGAGCUCGGGGUCUACUACCUGCCGGACGACGUCGAGGGAGCCUUCCACCGAGGCUCGGGCUUGAACCUGACCAGCGGCCAGUACACUGCACCAGUGGCUGGCUUCUAUGCUCUCGCUGCCACUCUGCACGUGGCACUCACAGAGCAGCCAAGAGGAGCACCACGACCUCGGGACCGUCUGCGCCUGCUGAUCUGCAUCCAGUCUCUCUGCCAGCACAACGCCUCCCUGGAGACUGUCAUGGGGCUGGAGAAUAGCAGCGAGCUCUUCACCAUCUCAGUAAAUGGCAUCCUGUAUCUGCAGACAGGACACUACACCUCCGUCUUCUUGGACAAUGCCAGCGGCUCCUCCCUCACGGUCCGAAGCGGCUCCCACUUCAGUGCUAUCCUCCUGGGCCUGUGA